UGGUGUCUAUUCUGCGUUGUUAACCUAGCAUUGGACUUUUAUACUGGUUUCUCUUCUCUGAUGAUGGCGUAUAUAUAUAUUCUAAUGUAUAGUCUAUCCUAACCUACCGAAACCUUUUUAUGUCCUGUUCAACAAUACAAGUUGUUAUUAUUUUAGACGUGUAAACAUUAUUUGUAGAAAAUUUUUCCUAUUUUAUAAUGAAACUUGUUAUUAAUACUCUCAAGUGAAUAUCAAUAUUUUAUAUUAGUCUAUCAACAUUUUAGAAAUAUUUGAUGAAUUAAUUUGUCAUUAUUUAUGAAAAGAAAUAAUUGAUAAGAAAGGAAGAAUCAUCGAAAAACAUUUAUACAAUGGCACAGCAAGAAAAAAAAAUAUCAUUUGGCUUUUCAAAAAUUAUUAAAAAACCUGAAUUAAAUAUAAAGGUUGAAAAGUGUAAUGAAACGAAAAUUGACUACAUCAAGUGUGUGGAUGAUAAAUCUAUCAAAGUUAUAGGUGAAAAUGAAAAAAUAAAAGAUGAAUUACUAAUUAUUCCAAUGUUAGGUCCGAAAAGUUGGCAUGAUAGAAUUAUAAAUAAAAUAAAGGCUAAUGUCAAUAAAGAUAUUCAAAGCGAAAAAAAUGAAGCAAUAAAUGAUCAAAUUAUUGGAGUAAAAGAAGAAUCGAAAAAGAAUUCAUCUCUAGACGAACAAGCAGCACAGGAAAUUAUUAACGAUUUAAAGAGAGAAAAAAUUGAGAAAAAAAAUGAAAGUCUAGUAAUAGAACAAGUCUCGAAUACACCAUCUGAAAGUCAAGAACCGACCUUGGAAAAUUAUGAAGAAAUUCCAAUUGAAGAAUAUGGAAUUGCAAUGUUACGAGGAAUGGGCUGGAAUCCUGACAAAGGGAUUGGUAAAAAUGCUCAAGUCGUAAAGAGUGUAUUACCAACACUAAGACCAAAAGGCAUAGGUUUAGGAGCAGAUAAAAUUUUUAAACAAAAUUCAACAAAUUCAACAACAACUGAUAUCAAACUAAAAUUAGAAAAGGGUAGUUAUGUUAAAAUUGUUGCCGGUAAUCUUAAAAAUAAUUACGGAAUUGUUGAAAGUUUUGAUGAUGACUCUAGUAGGAUAAUAGUGAAACUUGCUUCAACGAACGAAAUAGUAUCGUUAAAUGAAGCACUUGUACAACCAAUAACGAAGACUUUGUAUGAAAAAAAUUCACGAGUCAUUAAUACAUCGACGUACGAAAAGUACAAAGAUGAAAUAAGUAGUUCAAAUCAUGUAAAGAAAAAUGCAAAUUCAAUUACAAGAGAAAUUCAAAGAAUAUCAUCCUCUAGUGAUUAUGACGGUAACGGUGAAAAAUCUGAAAAACGAAUUCAAUUAAAAAAGAAAAAAAAAUCUCACGAUUCUAAACGACAUUGUGAUUCUCCUGAGUUUUGUGAACGGACAGAAAAGAAAAAAUAUAAAAAAGAAAAAAAACGUCAUAAAAAUGAUAAAUAUCAAUCACAUAAACAUAAACGUUCCAGAUCCCGAACAAGUCGAAGAUAAUAUAAUUUCUAUAAUUUUCUGUAAUAUCUAUAAUAUAUGUUUUGAUUCAAAUGAUGAAAUUUUUAUAAUAAAAUUAAUUUAUUAUUACGUA